CAGUGCACACUGGUAGACGAGCUCGGAUAUUCUAUUACACUUCAAUGGAGGAACAGCCCAAAGAUCGGGCACAAGAGAGACGAUAUCACCACCAUGGAGAAGAAAGACACCCUAUUCAAUACAAAACAUCUCUAAAAAAUGAUCAGCUCUACUUCCAGUACCAGCAUCAGCAGGAAACGCAGACGAAGAAAACAGGUUGGGCCACCCGGAAAAGUUAGCAAGCUAGCUAAUGUCAAUGACUUAGCUAGCAAGCCAGUUUAUUACCGACGUCGAUGUAGCUUGCUAGUUCGCGUGACAGUCAUAGCAGGAUGGUAGCAAGCUGUUAAAAAAUAUUUAGCUGAUUAGUUAGCUGGGUCUAGAGCUGAAUAUCGCUGGAUAGGGGUAGUUAAACGUCGCGUGACAGCUGUCGCUGGUGGUUUGACAGAUGGGGAUUGACCUUGUGCGCCGGUUUCACCACCCAUUUCUACAUUUAUGGUACUCCCUGACAAUUCCCCUGUGUUACUAAUUAGUCCUUUUGUUGUUCAAUUAUUUUGUCACGUGCAUACAUUGACUUUGUAAAAAAAACUCAAGCUAAUUUGGUAGGAAUUCCGUGAAAUAUUUUGAAAACAAAAACAAGCCGGCUCCACUGGAAUGUUCUGAGUUGCCGUUUCCCGUCGGCCAUGUUAGAAAAUGCGAGAUGGAAAGCUAACGUUAGCUAGUUAAUCCUAACAACGAGAGUGAGAUUUGUGCAUAAAACAAGUUUCAAUGUAUUUUGUUUACUACCAACUGACUGCAGACAGGGCUGCAAAAGCAAGAUGGCUAACUAACUUACUUUUGAGACUUUUCAGGGAUUAAAUAGCUAGUUAGUGCCAGAAAUGUUUCACCUGCAAGCAGCUUCGGCUCGGUCGGGCCUGUUACGUUUAGUUAGCCAUGAAGCCACGCAAACAUGUUAGCCUGGGUAGAUGACUUGAGGACAUAGCAUUGUCUUGCUAGCAAGCUGGCUGACUUAUGGUAUUUUGAUUUUAAUAAACAAUUCAGAACCAAUGUCUUAUUGUUUUAGCAAACUACAUGACUUGAAAUGUAAUUGUAGCCUCGCCAGUUUCUUUAGACUAGUUCAAACUUGAUGUCAUGCAUGAAAACAAAAUGGUACAUACCUUGGCUUCAGUUCAGACAACACAAUAGAACACCACUCUUAACACAAUUUUAGAGUUAUUCUGGUUGUAACAUUACUUAAGAUGUUAUUUGUUCAUCCAUAUUUUAUAGAGGUAUCUUAGGAGCAAUGGCUAAUAUUUCAUCUAGUUUAAAAUGUUGUCUUUAGAUGCUAGUGUGGCAAGUAUUUGUUUUUAUUGGCUAGCUAAGUCAAGCCCAGUUACACUGUCAACCACCUUCCCCUUAUCAAAAGUUAUAGGACAAUGUAAUGGUAAUUUCUACCUACAGCACAUUUUUCUUCAGUGAUUUAUGUAUGGUAUCUAUUCACAAGUAGGCUAUGGGACUACUAUGUUUAAGGGAAUCUGAUCUGGGCACUGGUGUGUGGUUGUUUGCUGACCUAUUCAGUCUAAAUAGUCAUGAUACAGCAUCAUCUUAAAAAGGCCUUGCCAUGUUUCCUGCAAAAGGAGCUGCGAGGUUGCAUUCUUGUAAACAGAUUAGGUCUGUUAGUCCCUUUUUUAUAUACACUGCUCAAAAAAAUAAAGGGAACACUAAAAUAACACAUCCUAGAUCUGAAUGAAUGAAAUAAUCUUAUUAAAUACUUUUUUCUUUACAUAGUUGAAUGUGCUGACAACAAAAUCACACACAAAUUAUCAAUGGAAAUCAAAUUUAUCAACCCAUGGAGGUCUGGAUUUGGAGUCACCCUCAAAAUUAAAGUGGAAAACCACACUACAGGCUGAUCCAACUUUGAUGUAAUGUCCUUAAAACAAGUCAAAAUGAGGCUCAGUAGUGUAUGUGGCCUCCACGUGCCUGUACGACCUCCCUGCAAUGCCUGGGCAUGCUCCUGAUGAGGUGGCGGAUGGUCUCCUGAGGGAUCUCCUCCCAGACCUGGACUAAAGCAUCCUCCAACUCCUGGACAGUCUGUGGUGCAACGUGGCGUUGGUGGAUGGAGCGAGACAUGAUGUCCCAGAUGUGCUCAAUUGGAUUCAGGUCUGGGGAACGGGCGGGCCAGUCCAUAGCAUCAAUGCCUUCCUCUUGCAGGAACUGCUGACACACCCCAGCCACAUGAGGUCUAACAUUGUCUUGCAUUAGGAGGAACCCAGGGCCAACCGCACCAGUAUAUGGUCUCACAAGGGGUCUGAGGAUCUCAUCUCGGUACCUAAUGGCAGUCAGGCUACCUCUGGCGAGCACAUGGAGGGCUGUGCGGCCCCCCAAAGAAAUGCCACCCCACACCAUGACUGACCCACCGCCAAACCGGUCAUGCUGGAGGAUGUUGCAGGCAGCAGAACGUUCUCCACGGCGUCUCCAGACUCUGUCACGUCUGUCACGUGCUCAGUGUGAACCUGCUUUCAUCUGUGAAGAGCACAGGGCGCCAGUGGCGAAUUUGCCAAUCUUGGUGUUCUCUGGCAAAUGCCAAAUGUCCUGCACGGUGUUGGGCUGUAAGCACAACCCUCACCUGUGGACGUCGGGCCCUCAUACCACCCUCAUGGAGUCUGUUUCUGACCGUUUGAGCAGACACAUGCACAUUUGUGGCCUGCUGGAGGUCAUUUUGCAGGGCUCUGGCAGUGCUCCUCCUGCUCCUCCUUGCACAAAGGCGGAGGUAGCAGUCCUGCUGCUGGGUUGUUGCCCUCCUACGGCCUCCUCCACGUCUCCUGAUGUACUGGCCUGUCUCCUGGUAGCGCCUCCAUGCUCUGGACACUACGCUGACAGACACAGCAAACCUUCUUGCCACAGCUCGCAUUGAUGUGCCAUCCUGGAUGAGCUGCACUACCUGAGCCACUUGUGUGGGUUGUAGACUCCGUCACAUGCUACCACUAGAGUGAAAGCACCGGCAGCAUUCAAAAGUGACCAAAACAUCAGCCAGGAAGCAUAGGAACUGAGAAGUGGUCUGUGGUCACCACAUGCAAAACCAGUCCUUUAUUGGGGGUGUCUUGCUAAUUGCCUAUAAUUUCCACCUGUUGUCUAUUCCAUUUGCACAACAGCAUGUGAAAUGUAUUGUCAAUCAGUGUUGCUUCCUAAGUGGACAGUUUGAUUUCACAGAAGUGUGAUAGACUUGGAGUUACAUUGUGUUGUUUAUGUGUUCCCUUUAUUUUUUUGAGCAGUGUAUUUGGAGAGUGAGGUGGUAGGGAAUGAUGGACUUUAUAGUCUACACACCUAUUACUGGCAGUGCAACUAACUUGCUUUUGUUUUCUUUUACAGGCAAUGGAAAAAUAAACACCAGUGACGUGGAGGGGGAGAAGAUUCUGUCUGCAAAUGAUUUAGUUGGUAUCCCUCAUCCCACCAACAGCAAUGGUAACAGACAUUUGAUAAACGCUAAUGUAAAACAGAAGUCAACACGCAAUGUUUUUACCACUUUUUCAAAAGUGGGCAGCAAAGAGGGUGUUGUUCAUAAGAAGAAUAUGGACUGUAUAAAUGACAAGGACAAGGCCUUGGAUUUCACUAAUCACUACGAGGGAAAGUUUUUGGACAAAAAGGAGUCUGCAUUGUUUCUGAAUGGGGUGGUAAACUCUGCUCAUAUUACAAAUGGUUACUCCAGCAAGUCACCCCCUGAUAACGAUGGCAGUGGCUCAGAAGGUGGAUAUACUACUCCUAAGAAACGCAAGGCCAGACGCAACAGCAUCAAGAACACAGAGCAUGUGACAAGAGAAAAGGAGAGAGCCAUGCAGCAGGGCAAUGCCACACAGGAGCCAGAGGUUUCUGGACUUGAACCAACAGAGAAAAUGGUGAGCUCGCAACUUGUCCAUAAAGCAGACGCCCAGACAGCAGUCAGGCGGAUAGAUGCUCCAGAGGUGGCUAUGGGUGAACUGCAGAAGAAAAACUCAGACAGUAAGACUGCUGCAGGUGCCUUUGGUAAAAGGUUUGAGAAUAGGCCCAAAGCCAAGCUCUCCUCCUCUUCAAAAGAGGACUCUUGGACUUUAUUCAAGCCUCCUCCAGUAUUUCCUGUGGACAACAGUAGUGCUAAAAUAGUGCCCAAGAUUAGUUAUGCAAGUAAAGUUAAGGAGAACCUCAACAAAGCAGCCCAGGCUGGAGGAGAGGUACAGCCUCCUCAGGUGCCUGGUAGACUGUCACAGGUCCCCAUGUCCGCUAUGAAAACCAUCAUCUCCGCUAGCUUUACUAAUGGCCCCGUUUCUGGAGAUGGAAAUAGUUGCCCGUCUGUUGGUACCUUCUUCACUCCUGCUGCUAGUAGUAUUCCGCCAGCCCCCUCUCUCCCAUGUGGGGAGAACGUAGCAUCCACUUUGGACAAUGACUGUAACUCUCUAACCAACCCUGCAGCAGCAGCUGUAGAUCUGAGAAAGUGUACUCUUUUCAUUUACCCCCUAAACCCUUUAAAUAUGCAACCUGUGCUCCCUAGUGCUCGCCAAGUGGACACCCAGGCCGCUCAGACAAAUCAGAAAGCCUUGGGGGACAUUUUCCAGAAUCAGUGGGGCCUGUCUUUCAUCAAUGAGCCAAAUGUGGGGCCAGAAGGAGGAAGUGGGCCAGUGGCUACUGUGGAGGGCAAGGAUGUGGUGGUAACAUUUCAAGGGGAGCAAUGCCCUGCUGCCAAGCCAGGCCUUGACUGUAAUCUAUCAAUCCCUGAGCCUUUGCCUCUCACUUUGGCUCAAGACUCAGAGAAAAGGACUAGUGCCCUAGCUUGCCCCCCUGCUACAGUGAAAGAUGAGGAUGGGGAAAAGGCUCAGCUGUCUAGACAGGACAAGACAAAGGGCGAGGCUAAGAGUCCAGGUGCAGUUUUGUUGGCCUCUUGUAAAGACAUAAGUGCUGAGCCUUUCCAGGCCCCCCUGACCAACAUGGUGUUGGGGCUGUCUAAAGAGCAGGCCCACUCUAAGAGCCUGGACAGAGGUAGCUGGGGGUCGUUUGAUCUUAAAGCUGCUGUUACUUAUCACACUAAAGGUAACUUCUCUUCCCCUGCUGUAUCAAUUCUAUGAACAUAUGUAUUACACAUUAGUAGCUUUAACCUACUAUUUCACUUGCACCAACAGUUUUAAAUCCAUUAGCAUCACAUUAAAGACAAAAUGUGUCUAAUAAUAAAAGGUCUUAUGCAUCUGGAGAUAAUAAUCAAUCUUUGUUUUUUCUCUACAGAAAUGGAAUAUGUUUUCAAUUUGCAAAAACAAGGUAAAGUAAAAGGUCUCUUUUCUGUGUAGUGUAUUUUUAAAGUUGUGAAAUUGGGUUUUCUAUUUGUUGUUCAAAGGUAUACAGCUGAAGUUUGAAUAACAUGUAUUAUGAGUUGCUAACUAAGUUCCCCAGGGCCUACACUCAAUUUCUGUCCUUUUCUUCCCCCAGAUCCAAAAAGAGUAGUCUGUUAUGACAAGACCAAGGAUGGACCUGAUCAGUGAGGUAGUGAAUGUCAACAAUUACAUGUACCUUCUCCCUACCUGGGUGCUGCAGUUAUCAUCUUUGGUGGUUAUGAUCCCUUUGGAAAACAA